GGUAAACUUAACCGUUUACUAUUGAACGUUGUUUGGACCAGAAGUUGUCAACUCGAGAUUGGAUCGCGCAAUACAACGCAAUUUCUGUUUGUGUUCAGCCGUAAGUAACUGAAUAAUUUGUUCAUUUAUUUUGUACUAUACCUGUAUACGAGAUAAGUGAAAUAAUAUCCGUUCUCAAUGCCCUACAUUCUGAUUAGAGGUAAUUUAGCAUCUUAUGGGCAUAAAAACCCGUGGCGUGUUUUGGUAUCCGGCUUGAAAGCUGGCGACUUAGAACAACUCAAGAGAUUCGCAUGUGGGGGCUACUGCGACGACUCAACUAUUGUUUAUUUACAACACCCUUGUGUUAUUCUGAGUGCUCUAGAGGUAUUGGGUUACAAGGUUGUAGCGUCUAGCUCCACAGCCGUCAAACAAGAUUAUAAUGAGUACAUGUGGACUAUGAGAAAAGAAUUUUCAGAACCAGAACCAUCAAUAAUUGUUGAACAAGAUAAUAUUAACAAUUUCAGCAAAGAGGCUAUGCACUUGGGUAAUUACCAGCAUCAGACAAAAGACGACGAAGUGUAAGCUGCCAUCAUAUUGAUAAUUAAAUCAUUACAUUCAUUUUAUUUUAUACUAUGGAUACAAAGGGCAGUCAAAACUUGUCUCCAUGCAACUUGGCGUCAGUACCCUUAAUUGAAGAAGAUGCAGUUGUUUACAUUGCUAUUAAAGGAUCGCUACAUGCAAAUGAUUGCUCUGUGUUUGGAUUAGGAGAAGAGGAGAUAAGAGCUCUUUCUAAAAAGUUUCCAGGGUCAGGAGUAGUUGUUAAUGGUGUCUCCAUCAAAUGCAAUGUACUUGAGACUCUGAACGCAUUGAACCAGUUGGGUUACAAAGUAGUUUCAAGCACUGGUGAAACUGAGAUCACUUGGACCCUUCAACGCAUUAUUUAAUUUUAUUACUCCAUAAUCUGCCCUUUGUAUUAUUUUUAAUAUUUUUUAAUAAUUGUAUAAAGAUGGACCAUGGAAAUAAUUGUGAUCACUCAAACUGUUCUCAUGCAAAUGCAUCUGUAACUCAAACAUUAUCAGAAAUGCAUUGGGAGAGGGGCUUGUGGUAUGCAGCCUUUUAUGGGGAUGAAGAGAGAGUAAGAUCUCUAAUUGCUAAGGCAGACAAUGCCAAAGUAAUAGUAAAUACACUAGAUAACUCUGGAUAUACACCAUUGCACUAUGCUGCACGUAAAGGACAUGUGCACAUUUGUAAGAUAUUACUGCAAAAUGGAGCACUGAUUGAUGCAAAAACCAAGAGCGGACAAGCAACACCCCUUCUCAAAGCUGCUGCUGCAGGUAAAAUUGAAACAAUAAAAUUUCUUAUUCAAUCCGGGGCUUGUGUUGAUGAACAAGAUGCUGAUGGGCAAACCAUACUUCAUAAAGCAGUAGAGAACAAGCACUUUGAUCUAGUGAAUUUUUUGAUGGAAACAUAUCCUAAGCUCAACACCAUGCAGGAUGUUAAAGGUAAUCACCCUUCUGAUUAUAUGUCUGGUUCGAAGGAGUGAUACACAAGGAAUGGCUUAAAUGUAUUAAUCAUUACACACCUAUAUUCUAGAUCAUAUUUCUAGUUGAGUGUUGAUUCUGUCUAAAUUUUAAUAUAAUAUUAAAAUUUAUUUAUCCUUAGAUUUAUUUGCAUUGCAAAUAGGAUGUUAUUGUAUGUAUAUUAGGUUUUAAAAUGUGCUAUAUCUUUUGCUGUUAUUAAUAUUUCAAAAUGUUUAUAUUAUGUUACAUUCCCAAUUUUUUAUUUUUUGUUUUGUCAUAUUGAUAAAAUUAGCCAACUUGAUAUGUAAUUGUGAUUUAAAUAAGUUAAAAGUUGCCAUUAGAAGUACUCACAAAAAAAGUAUUUGUCUAAUGUAGUAGUUAACUAUUUUAACACUCUACAGUUAUUAAUUAUUUAGUCACUAAUCACAGUUUUGUCAUUAUGAUGUUUAUGACAAACAGUAUAAUGAUUACUAUUACUACUGUUGGAAAUGGUAUAGAUUAAAUUAUUGAAAAAAUAAUAUUUUGUUAGUUUCUAAUCUAGAUGGCUCACUUUUGUACCAACUUUUAUAUAUGGAUUUCAGAAUUUGAUUUAAUGUGGGUAGUAAAACUCAUGAAUUUCGUAUGUAUGUACUUUAUAUUAACAACAGAAUAGGUAUGUUAUAAUUUACUCACCCUGUGUAUAAGUAGGCUUAAAAGCAACUUAAUGUUGCCUUAUUAUAUGUAUUAUAAGUAUCAGAAUUCAUAUCAUUUAUAUAAUUACUAAUUGUAUUAAUACAUGUCUUAGUUUAGGACUAGAUUCCUACUUCAAACAAUUCAUAUUAUUUGAACAUUGUCAUAGUUGUCGAAGGAAAUAGCUGCUGAUCAGUAUACAUAGUAUUGCCUGCAGAAUUCCAUGACAUAAUACUCAACAAAUAAGAAUAAAAAACAACCUAUAAUCGUAUAUUUACUGAUUGGUUUGUAAGUACAUGAUUCUGCAGCUGAUUCCCUACAUUGUUACAUGUGUUUUUAAAAAACAAGCAUUACUUCUUACUGCUAGGUGUUCUAACAAUUGCAACUCAUUUUGAAGAUUUUAUGGACAAACAUAUUGUGUCACACUAAGUAUAGUUAUUCUAAUCAACAAAUAUUUUGUAUUUUACCCUAAGUACACCUUUGUACUACUGUGUAAUUUUACUAAAUAAAAAUGCAUAUAGAUAAUGUUGAUUUUAUCUAACUCCAGGAUUUCACUCACUUUAUAAGAUAUAGAAAAGCUACUGUUUACUACAAUAUUCAAUUAUGCCAUAAUUAGUUUGUUUGACUGCAGAUAAUAUGCUAUGAAUGCAGUUAUAGUACCAACACAUAUUUACACUGUUUAUGCAGUAAAAUUAAAGUAUUCUGUACCUUCGUCUUCCAUCAUAAGAUAUCUUUUUAAACUCUUUGGAAGAGGCAGGGAAUAUAUGAAAUGGUACAAUGUUGUUGAUGCACAUUGGCCUAAAUAUCUAAUUCUAAUUCUACAGAGAUCAGAAAGAGUAAGUGGUUCCCUACAAAUGUUAUAUAACCAGCACUUUGUAUAGUCUGAUGCUGGCAGUGAUGUAUCUUUAUCUGGGAUUACGAUGUAAUGACCUGCCUUCAAUAACAUUAAUGCUAAGCUACUCGACCUUCUUCUACUAGCUAUAGAUAAAUUGUCUAGACCACAAGCAUGUAAAUCACAAGCAUUUACAUCUGCGCCAUACCGAAUAAGGAGAACUGCAGCAGGAUCUCUACAACAAAAAUUUACAUUUUAGUGAUUGACAUAAUUUAAACAAAAUAUCUCCUAAAAUAUUAUGAGAGAUACAAAAUAUUCGGAAAAUAGUAUAGUAUAGCCUGAAACUUACUUGUGUAAUAACAGAGCCCUGUUUAAAGCAGUGUCACCUGUUAGAGCGGAGGCAUUCAAAUCAAUCUUGUAAUCUAUUAAACAUUUCAGCAAUUCUUCAAAAUCUUCAUGGGAAUCUACACUUUCAACAGCUAUGUGCAACGCAUUAGCACCUGUUAUACUGUUUAACAAAUUAGCGUUUGCACCUGCAACAUAAAUAUAUUACCAAAAUAUAUAAACAUUAUCAUCAUCAUUAAAACCUAUUAUUUUAGAACAAGUAAACAAUUUCAGAAAUAGUUUUACACACAUUGCAAUGACAUACCUUUACAUAACAAUAUUUUAGCGAUUGCGGGUUGAGAUAGGCGUACCGCCAAAAGCAGUGGUGUAUCACCAUUGUCAUUAUACAAGUUUAUCCCUGCACCAUAAGCUGUAAGCAUUUUUACUAUUUCCAUCUAAAAAAAAACAAUGUUUGAUGUAUCAGUUUUCGCUAAAUUUUGUUUGAUAUUAUUUUUUAUUGUCCUUUGAAAUUGUGUCAAUAAUAAUUUAUAGAGAAAAAGAUAUAUCAAGAGUAACUUACCUGUCUUUGAAUUAUUGCAUUAUGCAAAAGCCUAUGUGAGUGAGUGAUUCUAGCACCAGAUAACAAUAAAACUUCUACGCCCACAGCAUACUUUUGCCAAACAGCUUCGCAAAGAGGUGUAUAUCCUAAAAAAAAUGUGGUAAUUCUGCAAAUAUUGUAUAUAUAAACCCAAUCUCAUCAUACUCAAUUUAUUAUACUACUAUUAAUAAAUAUUAAUUUACCAUGGAUCUCUUCACUAUUCACAUUAGCACCUGCAUCAAUCAGAUAUUUCAUCACAUCCGUGUGCCCCCGACCAGCUGCUAUGUAUAAUGCUGUUCUUUCAUUAGCAUCUCUUGCUUCUAAACUUGCACCAUUACUGACU